AGUUACACGCAUCUCGCGUUUCUUUUUUCUUUUAUUUACUACUUCUAAGUUCUAUAUCAUAUGCUCAAAUUCCUCUCAUCAUCCAUCUUUCUCUUGUCUCUUCCUCCACUUCACUCUUCUUAGACUCUGUAUUUUCUCUCUCUAGCAGACCUUUCAUUUUGGAUUUCAAUGGUGGAAUAUUCUUCUAUUCCUCUUCACAACGAUGUUGAAUACCCGUUACCUGCUCCUCCGCCGUUGAAUGUCGUAGGGAAAUCCAAAACCACUCGCGUCGCUUCUCUCGACGUUUUUCGCGGUCUUUGUGUUUUCUUGAUGAUGGUGGUUGAUUAUGGAGGAUCAAUUUUCCCGUCAAUAGCACAUGCGCCUUGGAAUGGCUUAAAUCUCGCUGAUUUUGUUAUGCCUUUCUUUCUCUUUAUCGCCGGACUUUCUCUUGCUAUUGCUUACAAGAAAGUUGACGACAAAAUGGAUGCAACCAAGAAAGCAACCUUUAGAGCUGCGAAGUUAUUUAUUUUAGGUGUUUUUCUGCAAGGUGGAUAUCUACAUGGGGCUAAGUCAUUGACAUACGGUGUUGAUAUUUUAAGAAUACGCUGGAUGGGCAUUUUGCAGCGGAUAUCUUUAGCGUACUUAGUUGGUGCCUUGUGUGAGAUUUGGCUUCCAUGUCAAAAGUGGAGAAAGUUCGGCAUGAUAAGAAGUUACUUUUGGCAGUGGUGUCUUGCUUUGCUUUUGUCCUCUAUCUAUGUUGGACUUCUAUAUGGCUUAUAUGUUCCUGAUUGGGAAGUCAAUAUGGCAAAUUCAGGUUUAUCUUUCCCUGCCGCAAAUGGUACCCAUGUCUACAAGGUGAAAUGUGGAACAAGAGGUAAUAUUAGUCCUGCCUGCAAUUCAGCCGGAAUGAUUGAUCGCUAUUUUCUGGGUAUCAAUCACCUGUAUAUGAAGCCUGCUUACAAAAAUUUGAAGGUGUGUAACAAAACUACAGAUGGCUUUGUACCCGAGGAUUCUCCUUCAUGGUGUCAUGCUCCUUUUGAUCCUGAAGGAAUACUAGGCUCUCUCACUGCGGCUGUGAUCUGCAUUAUUGGACUUCAGUUUGGUCAUAUUCUCGUACAAAAGGAGGAUCACAAGGAGCGCCUGCACAGAUGGUCUUUGCUUUCACUUUUCACUUUCCUCUUCGGAUUAUAUCUUACGUUCACGGGCGUACCCUUGAAUAAAUCGCUGUUUACCGUCAGUUAUAUCCUUGUAACUUCAGCUAUUGCAGGAUUCGUAUUUUGUGCAUUUUAUUUACUGGUAGAUGUUUGGGGAUACAGGUGGCUGACUUUGCCAUUAGAGUGGAUGGGAGUUCAUUCUUUAAGCAUUUUUGUCUUGUUGACUUCAAAUUUAGCUAUUAUUGUGCUCCAAGGAUUCUAUUGGAGAACACCCAACAAUAAUAUGAUUCACUGGGUUAUUAGAUGCUUCAUCUCGCAAUGAUAUUCUUUGUGCCGAGUUGCUUCCUCAUUUUUUAUGUUUAGCCAGUCACUUGGCACAUAGAUUUGGAAGCAUGGAACGCCAAUCAAUAUUGGCUCUCAAAUAAGGGAUUUACUGAUAGUUGUUUUGAUUUCGCUCGUGAGCCUUAUAGUCACAGUAAAAACCAAAAGGCUGUUUUUCAGCUACGUUGAUCUGAGUAGUUGGGAUCUUGUUUCCAGGUCUUUGAAUCAGGCUGAAGAUCCCUCCCGACAGUUUUGUGGUUUCAAGGGAAGGCGAAUGGUCUUGCAGCAAAGCAGAGAUCCAUUGACCCCAUUUUUGAGUUCUAGUGAAGAUAAACAAGAAUUAGAUGGGGUACCACGGACGUACUUACGUACAUAGCAAUCUUAGGCCAAAAUUUAUUAGCUAGUGACAUACAAUGAUAUCAGCUAUACCAUUGGGGAUAUAUUUAUUAUGUAUAGAAAUAUUGUUCUUCAUAUAUUAUUUAUUCUUGAUAUAUAUUUAACCACUAGUAGGUUAUACUUC